AACGUUAACCUACAAAAAGCUUAAGAUAUCCCAUGUUAGCCUUAAAAAUAGAAUUUUCUUGUUAGCUUUAAAUGUUAGCUAGCGGCCUGCGCUAGCCUACUGUCAGUAGAAGUGGUUAACGUCAGCUAUCCUGUCGAGGAUGCUGUGUCAGCAGUUAGCCUAACGUUAAAUGUACGGAGCGCAGGCAAAAUCAAGGGCAACAUUUUUAAUAACAUAGUUUUACUACGAAUUUGUUCUCUUGAGGUGUUCCCUCAAACGGCCUAACAAUUUCAGUAAACAUUAGACUAACAUUAACUGAGUUAUUGAAAUAAACGUAUGAAAAUAAGGUUCAUUUUGCUUGUCCGGGCAGUGUUAACAUGCUAGCCGUGUAAAGUUGUUCUCAAAUUAAAGAAGACAUUCUAUCCGAUUUAAUAUUUGAAGGAGGGUGUCACAAACACACCAUAACGUUUGUCGUCUUUGCUGCUGCUUCCCAAAGUUAUGGUGCUGCAUUGGAGCCAAUUUUAGUUGUCAUUGUUUACCCCCUGCUCCCGGUCUUUGGCAGCAAAUUAAGAAGCAUCGGCCUGGUGAGAAGAGCCUGCUUAACCUGAAGAGUCAUGGCCCAGUUUGGGGGACAGAAGAAUCCACCUUGGGCGACUCAAUUUGCUGCCACAGCAGUGUCCCAGCCGGGGCACUCAGGACAGUCUAUUGAUCUCAACAGUCUGCACUCUCUUGCUGUACAGCAGCCAUCUCUUUUGGGAGCAUCUCCCUCAGUUUACUCCCAGCAGUCAGCCUUGGCUGCAGUGUCUCUUAGCAACCAGUCUGCUGCAAACUAUCAGCUGUCUCAGCAAACUGCUGCCCUGCAGCAGCAAGCUGCAGCAGCAGCAGCUCUACAACAGUCUCAGAUCAAUACAGCUCUCCAGCAGUAUCAGCAGCAGCAACAACAACAACAGCAGCAACCCCCCCAGCAACUGUACAAUGUACCUCAUCAGCUCCCACAGCCUCAACAGGCAUUGAUUUCUCAGCCCCCCGUGGCCCUGCCCACCAGCCUCAGCCUGUCCAAUCCCCAGCAAACAGCCCAGAUUACUGUGUCCUACCCAACACCACGUUCAAGCCAUCAACAGCAGACGCAGCCACAGAAGCAGCGAGUCUUUACUGGUGUUGUCAACAAGCUGCAUGACACGUUUGGCUUUGUAGAUGAAGAUGUCUUUUUUCAGCUAAGUGCUGUGAAGGGAAAGACUCCCCAGGUGGGUGACAGGGUCCUAGUGGAAGCUGUGUACAACCCAAAUAUGCCCUUCAAGUGGAAUGCCCAGCGCAUCCAGACCUUACCUCAGCUAGGAAACCAGUCGCAUCAGCAGCAGCCUCAGCCUUUACCUCAAGCUUCCCCACAGCUCGGCAGCCUUUACAAUGAGCCAGGGAUGCAGCUGCGCUACUCAGACAUGCACUCUACUGCGGACAACAGACAAAAUAGCCAGCCUCAAGCACCUAACAUGAUGAAAGCAGCCCCCACCAUGCUGCAGUCACUACCUCCCCCAACCACAUUCAGUGUUCCGGCACAAGCUCCCCCUUCCCUCUUGCAGGCGCAGCUGUCUGCUGCUUCUCUGGCCCCUCUCCUGCAGAACCCUCCUCAACCUUUGCUGCCACAGCCUCCGCCCAAAGAUGUGUUUCCUGGGGGUCUGCUUCAGCCCCCAGUGAGAAUGAUACCACAGCCACAGCCUGUCCGACGGAUUGAACCUCCGCCUCGUUUCCCUAGUCGUAAUGAUCGAGCCCCUGAGCUCAUCCUCAGGACUAAAGAGGAGCGCAGCCGAGACAGAGACCGUGAGCGCAGGCGAUCAAGGGAGCGCUCACCCACACGCAAACGUUCCAGAGACCGCUCACCAAGACGUGACCGCUCGCCAAGACGGCCUCGUAGGAUAGUGCUUCGCUACACUGUCCAGUUUUCCAAGUUCAGCUUAGAUGGCCCAUGCUGUGACAUGAUGGAGCUGAGAAGGCGCUAUCAUAGCCUCUACAUUCCUAGUGACUUCUUUAAUGCUGUCUUUACCUGGGUGGAUGCCUUUCCUCUGAUACGACCGUUCCAGUUUAGUAAUGCCUGUAACUUCCACAUUUUGCACAAAGAGGUGGAUCCUCUAAUCAAGAACACAGCUGUGUUGGACCCUCCUGAUGUCAACCACACCUAUAGUGCUAAGGUGAUGCUGCUGGCUAACCCCAGUAUAGAGGAUCUCUAUCACAAGUCCUGUGCUCUGGCAGAGGACCCUCAGGAAAUCAGAGACACCUUCCAACAUCCUGCUAGACUUAUUAAGUUUUUGGUGGGAAUGAGAGGUAAAGACGAGGCCAUGGCCAUUGGUGGUCACUGGUCUCCCUCUCUGGAUGGAGCUGACCCAGAGAAGGAUCCCUCAGUCCUUAUAAAGACAGCCAUACGCUGUUGCAAGGCACUCACAGGCAUAGACCUUAGUCUGUGCACUCAGUGGUAUCGUUUUGCAGAGAUUCGCUAUCAUCGACCGGAGGAGACACACAAGGGGCGGACAGUCCCUGCUCAUGUGGAGACAGUGGUUUUGUUUCUUCCGGAUGUUUGGCAUUGUCUUCCUACCCGCUCAGAGUGGGAUGUGCUGUCACGGCGACUCCGGGAGCAGCUGGCUGAGAAGCUGUCGGCCGAGCGAAAGGAGGCGGAUGGAGAACAGGAGGAAGAUGAGAAGGAUGACGAUGAAGCGAAGGACGUUAGUACACCCACACACUGGGCCAAACUUGACCCGAAAUCAAUGAAGGUAAAUGACCUGCGCAAGGAGCUUGAUUGCCGCUCUCUAAGUUCUAAGGGGUUAAAGUCGCAGCUGAUCGCUCGCCUCACUAAGCAGCUGAAGGUGGAGGAACAGAUGGAGGAGUCCAAGGAACCUGAGAAACCAGAGAUCAAAGCUCCCGAGGAAGAGGAACCAUCCCACCCUGAAGACGACAGAGAGGAGGAGGAAAGGAAGAGGCAGGAGGAACUUGAACGCCAGCGGCGAGAAAGGCGCUACGUCCUCCCUGAUGAGCCCACCAUCCUCGUACACCCCAACUGGGCAGCCAAGAAUGGCAAAUUUGACUGCAGUGUUAUGUCCCUGAGUGUGCUGCUGGACUACAGACUGGAAGACAACAAGGAACACUCUUUUGAGGUUUCCCUGUUUGCUGAGCUCUUUAACGAGAUGCUACAGAGAGACUUUGGGUACCGCAUAUAUAAAGCCCUUGCUGCUCUUCCUGCCAAGGAUGAGAAGAAGGAAAAGGAGAAGAAAGCCAAAAAGGAAGUUGAAAAGCGUGAAAUAAAGAAGGAAAAAGAAGAGGAGAACGAAGAACCAGCAGCCAAGAAGACUAAGGAGGAUGAUGAGAAGAGGAAGUAUGAUGAGAAGGCUGUGAAAAAGGAGGAUUCUCGUGAUGAAGAGGAGAAUGAAGAUGAUCGUAGCACAGCCAAUGCCGAAGAAUAUGACCCAAUGGAGGCUGAAGAUGCUGAUGACGACGACGAUGAUGAUGACAAGGAUGAUGACGACUCCAAUGACAGAGACAGGAAAGACCACAAGGAUGACCGCAAGUCAUCAAAAGAGAGGUCCUCCAAGGACAAGGAGAAGCAGCAGAUGGUCACGCACAACAAGGAGCUGCUGAUGGCAUUUGUCUAUUUUGACCAGAGCCACUGUGGCUAUUUGAUGGAGAGAGACCUGGAGGAGAUCUUGUACACACUGGGACUGCACCUUUCUCGUGCUCAGAUAAAGAAACUGUUGAACAAGCCAGUGGUCAGAGAGACAUGUUACUACCGCAGAUUGACAGACAGGGGAAAGGAUGAACCUGCUCCUUCCUUUAAUGAAGCCCAGAUAGAGAACCUCUUAGGUAAUCGAGCACUACUUCCUGCUCCAAAAGCACGUGCUCAGUCAGAGGCCAGUGAGUCUGGUAAUCUGAUUGUCUAUAACGGAGCAAUGGUUGACAUCAGCAGCAUGAUGUUGAAACUGGAAAAGAGUGAAAAAGCCAGAGAAGAGCUGGAACAGAAGCUCAUAGUGCAGGAUGCCAAAAUGGAUGAAGAAGUAAAGAUUAAAGCACAGUUGGAACAAGCCAACAAAGCCUUGUCCAGGGAGCUGGAGGAGGUGAAAAGCACUCUGAGCCAAACCGAGCAGACUUUGAAGGGUGUAAAGGAACAAAAGAUGAUCUACCAUGACCAGAUUAGCAAGACGUCCACCGCCUUGAUGUCCACCGUCAAAGGACUGAUGGCAGUGCUGAAACAGGAUCAAGAAGUAGAGGAAUGUGGUGACACUGAUGAUCAUUUUCCGACGUCCCAAACAAACGGCGCUGAUGAAUGAGUGGCAUUUAAAAUAAAUGAACCUAAUCUAUAACACGAUUAUCUUAAAAUUUGUAAAUAUUGGCUAAGCAAGCAUAAUUUGACUGUUUUAUUUGGACCUAUUGUCUCCCACGUACAUGUAUAAAUUAACUGAAUUGGUUCCGUUGUAUUGAUUUGUUUUGACCUGUUUCUGUGUACAAUAGACUUUUACUGAGGAAUUACUUUUCUUAUCUAGAAUAAAUUUAACUGACGAAGCUUUGAAAUGCUUAUUUCCAUAGUUUUAUGUAAGUUAGUCACUUGCUAACAUUUCUUUUUGCCAUCGGUUUAGCUUUGUCAUGGCUGGAAAAAUGCCACAUUGUAGAUUUAAAUGCCAGUAUGUGUGAGUUGUACUUUUCAGAGAUUUUUGUUUUUCUAAUGAGCAAUAAUGGUAUUUAUGUGCAAGAGAAUUCACUAAAAAUAUAUUUAAAAGCAACUAACUUUGGAUGGAGAAGUGUGGGAGGGGAUUCCGUGUGGUUCAGACAGAAAUUCUUUAUGUAAAUUGUUCCUGUCCAUUGUUUAACCACAACUAUGUUCAGUUAGUCAUUUUACUGUUCAGCUCAUU